AUGACGAAAAUGUCUAGCAAAUGCUUUAACGCUAUUCACCUACUAAUUUGCCCGCUGACGGUAUUGCUAGGAUACCUCAUAAACGCGUAUGGCUAUGGCGCGGCGCUACAAGCAACGCUGAACAAGGACGGUCUAGUGAACGCUAUGUUUGUGAAGAAAGGGUGGUUCUGGACUUCCUUGGUUGGAUGGUGGUGCAUUAUACGGUAUCGUGCGGUGCCAGGAGCAGCCGGCAGAGACCGAAGACACAUUGCACGAUCAUUCAAAAGGUACGCCAUCCUUACACUAUGGUGGUACUUGUUCACACAAGGUAUAUGGUUUGGCGUAGGUCCCAUCAUGGACUUAGUCUUUGUAUAUACGGGUGGCCAUUGCCACUAUGACGUUUUCGACGGCACGGGUCACGUGAACAAACACUUCCAGGGCUCCGUGACCCGGACGCACCGCGCAUUAACCCUCAUUCAAAAUGUCCUCACAUUACACGGCCAACACCAAGAGCAUCACCAGCAACAGCUCUGGGAUCGUUCCAUUGGGUCAAUCAAGGACGCCUUGCAUGCCACGGACGCGUCAGCCCCCAAGAAUGCGACGCUUAGCGCUGCCGCUGCCAUCAAUACCUUUAUCCACGACCAGAUGCACCGGUGGCAGGGUCCGCUUACCACCUCCGCCCAAUGCAGACGGUUUGGAGGCCAUUGGGCAGGAGGACAUGAUCCAUCUGGACACGUGUUCUUGGCCACCCUGAUGUGUAUGUUUUUGCUGGGUGAACUACGUGUGUUCGGGCGUCGCGCACUGGCCCAUUUGUACGCGCAGAAAUGGCUCCUGCUACGAUUGGUGACCCGGCUUUUUGACACUGGGCCGAUAUGGACAUGGAGGCGCUGUGGCGGCGGCUCCAUGAGUUGUGGCGCCCGGCUGUGGCGUGCGCUUGUCGAGCCGCCGGCCGCGUGCGCGGCCGCACUGCUGCGCUUGACACAAUGUAUCGCGUGCGAUCACCCAGUAGUAAUACUGGUGGCACUUUUGGUCACGUGGUUAUGGCAGUUGCUAUUGACUGCGGUGGCGUCUCGCUUCCACACCGUACGUGAGCACAUAUCCGGAUUAUUGGCUGCGUACAUAGUGACGGGUGUUGUAUAUGCUCGCGAUGCAGCCGCGCUACGUCCAUUAUGA